AAAUAACAAUCAAGUCCAAUGCAUAUAAAAGUCGGAACUUCCUUUGAAGAAGAGCACAUUUGAAGUCAAUCCAUCAAAAUGUUCAAGGUAUUCGUAUUCAUCACUCUCUGCGUUGCCGUGUUGGCCCAUAAGGGCGAACGCUCUCGCAAGCCAGAGCCCUCAGGCCCUCCUACAGAUGAAGGACAAGAAAGUUUAGUAGAUUCACCUCACCUCAGAGUUGCCCGUCAAAUGCCUUCGAUGCCUGGAGACAUGAACCCAGCACAAUUUCCGUCAAUGAUGACGGAUAUGGCUAAACAAGGAUUCGAUGCCGCUGCUAAAGCCAUGGACCCUAAUACAUGGAUGGGUGAAAUGAACCAAAUGACCAAAAUGAUACCACAAACUGGCAAAUAAAUCAUUUACUAUGGGAUCAUAUUAUGGAUUUGGAAUAUAUUCGGACUUAGAAUAAAAAAGAGACAUUAUUAUCAGCUUUCACCUAUAGAAGAAAUUUUAAACAAUUAUGCACUACGCUACAGAUUUCGCCUUAUAAAUUACAAAAUAUGAGAAUAGUUCAGCGGUAUGAAAAAAUGUGAGAAUUCUUUGGACAGCAAAGUAGAAAAUUACUUUGUACUAUCUGUAGUGUAAAUGAAAAACACUAAAUACCAAUUUUUAAAUUUA